AUGGCUGCCGCUACGACAGAAAUCACCAUCGACCCUUUCCUCGCCCUCUUCGGCGGGGAGCUUCCGGAGCCUGCCGCCCCCGAGCCUGGAGGUCAGCGUUCCCGUUCAGGCUGCUUCACUUGCCGUCGACGAAAAGUCAAGUGUGAUGAGUCCAGGCCGAUCUGCGAGAAGUGCCAGAUCGGACACCGUGACUGCACCUGGCCGCCCGAUGACCCCGUUCAGCGCAGGAAGAACCGUCCUCGCAAGCCGAGGACGCACAGCGUUGCUGAGCCCCCUCCCAAGAGCCGCAAGUUCAAGCUCCCGUUCCAUGCUCCGGAGACCUUUGUGUCGUCGCUCCCGAUCAUUGGCUCGCUCAAGGGCAAGGAGCGGGAAAUCGACCUUGUUCCGCACCACCUGCGUGCAGAAAUGAUGAUGGACCCGUCGUUCCUCCAACCUUACUUCCCGAGUGUCGACGAGCGUCUGGUCAUGCGCCACUACCUCUCUCGAACUGUCCACAUCAUUUUGGCCUUCGAAGCGCCACAUAACCCAUGGAACCCUUGGCUUACGGUGCACGCACCUCUUGCCUUCACUCACUUGCCAGGUGUGUCGCCCGCUGCCGAUGCUCUGCGCACAGCCAUGCUCGCGGUCGGUGCCGUGCACCUUCGCUAUGUGUCCAACCCCAACGAUCAGGAAGGGGCUUGGCGCAUCACGCAGGCCACCCGCCCCCGGGUGCUCGAAUUAGUCCGAUGUGCCCUCGAGGGUCCAGACGGAACGCCCAAGACGGUCGAUAAGACUGAGGUCGAGCUGGUUCUUGCCGCUUUGCUCAGCUGCACCAUCGCAUCUUCAUUGGCCGCCGACGAAGCCUGGCACUCGCUCCUUACCUCUGUGCUCUCUCUUAUCUCGCGCUUAGGUGGAGCACAGGCGCUCCUGGUCGACUCGCCGCGUGACCACCUGUCGCCUUCCCGAUUCGUACUGGAGCAGCUCGCGGUCCGUGAUGUCUUUGGCUGCAUGUCCACGGAGCUUGCCCCCUCCAUCCUGAGGGACGCCUUCACUCCCUGGUUCUUCGAAGCCGAGACUUGGUCUAGCAACGAGAACGAGUGGGAGAGCGUUGAGCGGAUGUUCGGCAUGUCCCGCGGCAUGGUCGACCUCAUUGCUCGAGCGUGUUCCCUUAUCGCACGGGUCCGUGAACGGGGCUACAUGCUCACCGAGCACAAGGCCACGACAGGGUCGCAGAUCUCGACGCUGGCCCUUCGCCUGCCCCCGCGCGUGACGGCCAAGUUCCCUCAGAACAACAACACCCUGUCACCCGUGCCCAAGCAGGAGCUGGGUGAGCCCACCGCAGACACCGCUGCCAUCCUGGGCACCGGCACGCCCACCACCAAUGACGGCACGCCCCGUCUCAGCGAGCGUGCCGAGCUCGAGGAGCAGGCCAACAGCCUCCUGACCGAGCUCAAGGUGUGGGACAACUCGACAAACUUUACGCCGUUCCACCCGCGCACCCAGUACGGCAACAUUGCUUACCGCCACGCCACCAAGAUCCGUCUCCUCCGCAUUGUCUUUGGCGUCGGCAGCAACGACCCGCGCAUCGACAGCGCCGCCCGCGCCAUCAUCGAGCUCGCCAAGGAGAUGCUCGCGAUGUACGGCCGCAUCGUCUGGCUCACGUGGCCGCUCAUCAUUGCCGGCUUCCACAUCCCCAAGGACGACCCGAUGCGCCAGUCGACCGUCGAGCUCCUCAGCGAGUUUGGCCCGCACGCGUGCUUCGACAACCGUGCCGCGAGCCAGAUGAUGGAGGCCUUCUGGCUCUACCACGACGACGACCCCGAGGACCUGACGCCGUGGGAGGUCGCGAACCGCCUCAACUCGCGUCCGUUCCUGGACUAA